CCGAUACAAAGGCAUAAUCCUGAACCUGGACUUGAUGUUAAAUAAGUCACUCAGUACUCCCACAACAAGGCCUUCAGAUAUUUCUUUAUUCAGACGUGACACUGGUUUUCCCUUUGCCCUAAACCUUGAUAAUAAAGGCAGGAGGCACCAUGGCGGAAUUGGAGGAUGACUAUAACUGGCAGCCGCCCUCGGAGUCGGAGCUGAAGGUGAUCGAGGCGCGGCGGGAGCGGAACAACAAGAUCAGCUCCAUCAUGGGACAGUACCUGCUCAAGGGCUACAAGAUGCUGGCCGUCACCUGUGCCGUCUGUGAUUGUGUGUUGCUGGAGGAUCGCCUCAAGAACAAGUACUGCAUCGGCUGUUUAGAGGUGGACGCAGACACCAAAAAGGACAACCCUGCUGUGAGUGAGGAGGCAGCGCGGAGAACAGUCGAGGAGAUACAACACCGCAACACCACCGAAGAGCAGCCACACCACACGUCCGCCAGCACCACCACAGCGUCACCCCCCUCCGCCACCUCGCACAACCAGCCGCCCGUCUCCGUACAGUCGGCGGCCACCUCAUCCACGAACACCCCCACCUCGCAGCGACACAGUGCAAAGAAUACGUUAACAGUGUAUGGUGUUGACCUGACGGAGAGCGCAGGCGAGGCAGUGGCAGCUUUACGUGACAAGCUGGUGUGGGCGUCAGGGCAGCUGUGCACCACCAGCAGCAUCCAUGAGGCGCAGAGCUUGGCUGGGCUCAUCACGGAGACCUGCAAAGCCAUCACCGCUAUCAAGGAAUUGUAGGCGCUGUGAUCUCAGUCCUUCCCUCCAAAAUGUGUGUGAUAAGGUGGAUGUCUGACCCGCACCACUGGAAGGCUCUCUGGUGUUCACGACUGUCCUCGAAACACCCCCACACAUUAAGUCUGGACAUAACACCAACAGAUCUGUUCACCUAAGCAAUGGUCAACCACAACCUAGGUCCUUAAGACACCCGAGGAUGUAACUUUGCACAUUAUAAGAUACUUCAUAACCAAAGUGAGUAGUGUAAGAUCAUAAAACAUCACUAUGAACAAAAUUUCCUCUAC